GUGAACUCGCCUUUUACACAAAUAACUAUCGUGCGUGAGCUGCAUGAUUGUGCAUUUUCCCCCCUUCAAAUAAAAGAAGAGCAGCUCUUGCUUGAGACGGAAAACGAAUCCUGAACAUUACAUCUGAAAAAAAUGACGGUCGAAAACCUGCUUCCGGCCAACUUUGGCUAUGCAAUUUUUACGUAUUUGUAUAGUUUUGUGAUGUUGAUGUAUCUCGGGCUCCAAGUUGGUAGUGCACGGAAGAAGUAUGGAGUUAAGUAUCCCACCAUGUACAGUGAUAAGGAGCAAGUGUUCAACUGCAUUCAGAGAGCUCAUCAGAACACACUGGAGGUGUAUCCACAGUGGCUGGUGUUCCAGACUAUUGCUGCAUUAGAGUAUCCUAUUGCCGCCUCUGUGUUAGGAGUCAUCUGGGUUACAAGCAGGUUCUCUUAUGCCUGGGGUUACUACAGCGGUGAUCCUGCUAAAAGGAUGCGUGGUGCGUACGGAUACAUCGGGCUGUUUGGAGUCAUUCUGCUUUCCAUCUCUGUUGCUCUUAAACUGCUUGGAAUGCUUUAAGGGAAACACCACUGAGAAAAUACAACAUAAAAACAAAACAUGGAAGCACUUAAUGUAGUCUUCAGCAAUUCUUUUUUCACUUUUUUGCUCACUUUUUUAAUUGUAUCGCUCCAUCCUAUAGUUUAUAAUCACAUAUAAUCAACUUUUUAGGCUUUCACACAUGUUCUUUACACAUCUUUCCUUACAUUUCAGUCAGGGUGACCAGAUAAUCAUUGCAUGGUAGUGUUUAUGUUCAUAUGACCUUGAAUUGAGUUCAGCUUGUGUGAUUUCUGUUUGUGGACCAGCUUCUGUACAGAGCCUUUCAGGUGCAAAAUAGUGAUGUGGGCAACAUAUCAGAUACUGUGCUGAUUUGAUUAGGAUGUAUAGUCACCCUAUGAUAUUUCAUUAAAUUCAUACAAUUGAAUAAUAAAAUGUCUGUGUAAGAUUCAAACAAA